AUGGAAUCGUCUGAUAAGUCGGUGGAGACUGUAAUGGUCGGAAAUUACGUAGAAAUGGAAAGAGAGUCGUCAGACGAGCCGAGAGGCUUCAAGUCGAAGGUUUCUGAGCUGUUAUGGCACGGCGGCUCGGCUUAUGACGCCUGGUUUAGCUGUGCUUCGAACCAGGUGGCCCAAGUGCUAUUGACAUUGCCAUACUCAUUUUCACAGCUGGGCAUGAUUUCUGGAAUAGUUUUCCAGCUGUUUUACGGCUUAAUGGGAAGCUGGACGGCUUAUAUCAUUACUGUUCUCUACAUCGAGUAUAGAACAAGGAAAGAAAGGGAAAAAGGCGCUGAUUUUAGAAAUCACGUUAUUCAGUGGUUUGAAGUUCUUGAUGGGCUUCUGGGGAGAUACUGGAGGAAUGUGGGCCUGGCUUUUAACUGUACCUUUCUUCUGUUUGGAUCUGUGAUCCAACUCAUUGCUUGUGCAAGCAAUAUAUAUUACAUAAAUGACAAUUUGGACAAGAGAACAUGGACUUACAUAUUUGGGGCAUGUUGUGCAACAACAGUAUUUAUUCCUUCUUUCCACAACUACAGAAUUUGGUCAUUUCUUGGCCUCUUAAUGACCACUUACACUGCUUGGUACCUUGCCAUUGCAUCUCUACUUCAUGGACAGGUUGAGGGGGUGAAGCAUUCAGGUCCUACCAAGAUUGUGUUAUAUUUCACAGGAGCUACAAACAUUCUUUACACAUUUGGGGGACAUGCUGUUACUGUAGAGAUAAUGCAUGCAAUGUGGAGGCCACAAAAAUUCAAGUCAAUUUACUUGUUAGCCACAGCUUAUGUGCUGACACUAACCCUUCCAUCAGCGGCCGCUGUUUAUUGGGCUUUUGGUGAUUUGCUUCUCAACCAUUCUAAUGCUUUUGCUCUACUCCCAAGAUCACCUUUCAGGGACAUGGCCUUUAUAACGUUUGGAUUCGCAUGUACGCCUUUGUACUUUGUGUGGGAGAAGGCCAUCGGCAUGCACGAGUGUAAAAGCUUGUGCAAACGGGCAGCCGCCCGGCUCCCGGUGGUGGUCCCGAUAUGGUUCUUAGCCAUAGUUUUCCCAUUCUUUGGCCCUAUAAAUUCGACCGUUGGAUCGCUUUUAGUGAGCUUCACGGUCUACAUUAUCCCCGCCUUGGCUCACAUCUUCACCUUCAGAUCGGCCGUGGCUCGUGAGAAUGCAAUUGAGCAACCUUCAAAGUACUUUGGCAAAUGGGUGGGCACAUAUGUGAUCAAUAUAUUUGUGGUUGUGUGGGUUCUAAUUGUCGGGUUUGGGUUCGGUGGCUGGGCCAGUAUGAUCAACUUUAUCCACCAAAUCGACACGUUUGGGCUUUUCACUAAAUGCUACCAGUGCCCGGCCCAGGCCCAACUGCCGCCACACUUGGCCAAUGCCACCGCGCCUUUUCCACCUCCCAAGGCCAAUGCUUAUCAUUUGCCGCCAAGUCCCCACUUCGUUUGA